AUGCACGACAGCCGGGGUGGUCGUUUUUGGCGGCGAUCAGAGGGUGCAGGGUGGAGGGGUGCAAAGAAGAACCAAAAUAAUAGGGAUUUCGGACUGAGAUUAAUGAUUGACCUCGCGGUCGACGCGGACAAUAUAAAAGCCGCUGCGGGAAGCUGUCUCGGGAAUCGUCGCUUGUGCGUGUAUCCCGUUCGAUUUUCCUUGGCCCGUUCGAUCCGACCAUGUAUGGGAAAAAACACGACAUUUGGUAUUCAACACGUCCGCGUGGGGUAG